UGGAAAAUCUUAUUGUCUUGUACUUCCUAUAAUGGAGAUGGAGCGCAUGACCGAGUUUCCUCAUACCCACAUAGAUAGGCGACCCCCGAAGAGAGCGCAUAUGGGCUGGGACGUUUUUCCUUAGCUCCCAAAGAAUCCUCUUGAUUGUGACUUUUUUCAUUGGGUUGAUCCCGAAAUGUGCAAAUAUGGAUUAAAUUUAAGAGUAAUGAAUCGGCUGAAGGAGAAAGAAGAGGGAAUGAAAGGUUGAAGAAAUAAUGGAUAAAGAACUGAAAAAAUGCAAGAUGAACAUGGAGAGUCAAUCUGCUUAAUUUCGGCUGCAGUUAGAGCCCCUACCAAAACAGGGAGAAGAUGUACCAAACAAGUGAGAAGCUGAAUCAAUCUGCCUUAGUUUUUGUUGUUUUAUUAGCUAUUUUUUGUUAUGAAUUUUUGUUAGUACAAGAUAUUUAUGAGCUAAAGUUGCCAAUUUUGUGUUUCCAUACAAUGAAUGCAAAAGGUGAAUGGAUUCCCAUUUUUAUGUUUCCAUUUAAUGAGUGCAUUAUGUUACUGGGGCUGUACAAUCCAAUCUGGUACACAGGCUUCUGGUGCUUUUGCUAUUGCUUCUCCACAUUUGCUUGUAGAAUCAAUGGAAACAGUCAAAUUUGAUUCAGCCAAGAAGUCAGUAUCCCUUCUCUUUAUAUGUUUAGAAAUACAUUAGUUUGGCUAAACUUUCCAUGGAAGAUACUUUUAUGUUUAGACAUACAUUAGUUUGUCAUCCAUUGUUAUUUCUAAGCUGAUUAUUUAAAAAAACUUGCUCCACCCUUGUGCACCAUAGGACAAAAUUCCAAAAGAUCAUAAGUAAUUAUCUGGUAUACAGAAAAGUCCAUGAAUCAAGGUUUAAAAUAUUUUAAGAAAUCUAUGAAUCACAAAAGUGCUUGAAUAAAGUUGUAUCAAAUCACAAAAGUGAAUCACUUUUAAACCUUGAUAAUGGGCAUAAAAAUAAUUAGAUGGGUUUAGAAGAUGGUCCUUGAACUUUAGAAGAUAUUAUCAUUUUUAAAAACUUUUUUUUAACAAAGUAGUAAAUCACAAGAAUCAAAUUUACAUUUAGCUUAAUUUUUUUUCCCACUCCUUAUCAUAUUCUACUUUAUUUCACUUUUCUUGGUGUUUCUUCCCUGCAGAGACUUGUCACCAAGUAAUGGCAAAAAACACACAGAAUCCCGAGUCGGAAAUUUCGCCGAACGAAUUAUUAGCUCCAUAAGACAUAAAACUUACGGGUCAUGGUACUUUGCAUGUCUGCCACGUGACAGACAUAUGAAUUUAUACUUGUCAAAUUGCCACCAGUUUCCCGUUAUGUAUUGAGCACGCGAAGUGGCACCUGGAACCGCUGUGAAAACCAAGGCAACCCUUGCCCAAUUCAAAAAAACUGAAAGAAAACCAUCUAUAACUACAACUCCCCAUCGAUCUAUUUUUCCUUCCUUCUCCAGUCCCUUCUCAUCUUCUUCGGCAAAGCUCUCUUUCUAUCUUUUUCACUGAUAUCACCAUGGCCUCUCUCAAACUUGGCUUCUUCCUCUUUGUGCUCGUACACGGCUUUGUUUUGCUUUCUCACCCAGUGCACUGUGAUGAGGAGGAAGACAAUCUUCUUCAGGGCAUCAACAGUUUCCGGCACUCGGCGAAUCUUCUGGCCCUGUCAAAGAAUGGCAAGGCAGACUGCCUUGCCGACGAAAUCGCUGACGAAUUAGAGGACGAGCCUUGCUCGAGCACCACCAACGGGGCCAGCAUUGUUCCAAGCACCACCACCAUAAUUCCCGACCUCCCGAAGCACUUAAAGAAGUGCAAAAUCAACGUCAACAGCACGGCAGAAGGGAUCAUACUGCCUGUUUGCGUGCCCAAGUUGAUUCCAACUCUGGUGCUUACAAACUACACACACUCCCCAUAUGCAAAGUAUCUGAAUAGUUCGAAGUACACUGGAGUUGGGGUGGGUUCUGAGGAUGAUUGGAUGGUGGUGGUUUUGAGCACAGACACUGUGGGUGGAAGUUUUGCUGGUGCUGUCUCUUUGGUUUCGAAUGUCGGUUUGGGUCAUUGCCUAGUGUCUUUGUGGUUGUUUUUCGUUUUGGUGGGCUAAAUUGCUCGUUAACUUGUCUCCCUCACAUGCCUUGCAUGGUAUAUGUUCAUGUAGUUUCUGGUUGUGUAAAUUUGUUAAACAUCUGAUGAUCGUAAUGGGUACUAUUUUUCUUAUGAGACGUUCA